GCGGUUCCGCAAACAGUGAGGUAAAAAGAGAGAGUUAAAAAGAAAAAAAAAAAAAAAAGAAAAAAAAGAAAAAGAAAAAAAUUCCAUCGUCAAAGAGCCCUCGCGAGCGACGGUUCGGAAGAUCAAAAACCCUAAUAAGAAGAGCAAGCGAAAGAGCAAGGAUCUAACAAGGGCGAAGCUUCUGCUGCUUCUUCUUCUUCGGUGCCCUCAGCACCUGCUAAGCUUGUUCAUGAUCGGAUCGAGACCAUGGGAGACGUAGCGGAGAAGCUCAAGGGGUACACGGUGAUAAAGGAAGGGGAGGCGGAGAUCCUCAUGCAUGCGAGCAACAGCGUAUUCUUCAACAAGGCCCAGGUUAACAACCGAGACAUGUCCAUCGCUAUUUUGAGGACCUUCAUCGCUAAGCGACAGGAAGAGCAUGCAGCAAUUUUGGACAAAAAGAGAAAAUUGGAAGAAAUGGUACUUGAAGGCACUAGUGGAUCUAUACUAGAGGAGGAGGCAAUGGCCCCACACGUUGAGGAAACAAAUGGAGGUCGUGACAUGCCGUUAAACCAAUCUGUAGAGGGCGAAGAAGAUAACUCACAGGAACCGAGGAACAUGAAAUGGAAAGGGCCGAGGGAACUCAAGGCACCUAAAGUUCUUGAGGCUUUGGCUGCUUCUGGGUUAAGAGCUUUACGAUAUGCCCGUGAAGUAGACGGAAUAGGACAAGUGAUUGCUUUAGACAAUGACAAAGCAUCUGUUGAAGCUUGCAAGAAAAAUAUACAAUUCAAUGGUUCCCUGGCUUGUUCAAAAGUGGAAGCUCAUCUUGCUGAUGCACGAGUUUACAUGCUUACUCACCCAAAAGAAUUUGAUGUGGUUGAUCUUGAUCCCUAUGGAUCACCUUCUGUGUUCUUGGACUCAGCUGUACAAUCAGUUGCUGAUGGGGGCAUUUUAAUGUGUACUGCUACUGACAUGGCAGUUCUCUGUGGGGGCAGUGGGGAGGUCUGCUAUUCCAAGUACGGUUCGUACCCUGUGAAAGGCAAGUAUUGCCAUGAGAUGGCUUUGAGAAUCCUCCUUGCUAGCAUCGAGAGCCAUGCAAAUCGCUAUAAGCGUUAUAUUGUACCAAUUCUCUCUGUACAUAUGGAUUUCUACAUCCGGGUUUUUGUACGGAUAUUCACUUCCGCAAGUGAAAUAAAGAACACGCCUCUCAAACUCUCGUAUGUGUACCAGUGUGUUGGUUGUGAUUCUUUUCAUCUUCAAAGUGUUGGAAGGGUUGUUUCUAAGAAUAACAGCAUGAAACCUGCACCUGGUUUUGGUCCCGUGGUUCCUCAACAGUGCAGUCACUGUGGGAAGAAAUAUAAUAUGGGUGGUCCAAUAUGGUCGGCUCCCAUGCACAACCAAGAAUGGGUGCUUUCUAUUUUAGCAAGCGUUAAAGCUAUGAAAGAAAGGUAUCCUGCAUAUGAGAAGAUAACUGCUGUAUUGACGACGGUAUCUGAGGAGUUACAUGAUAUCCCUCUCUUUCUCAGUCUCCACAACUUAUGCGCCACUCUAAAAUGCACAUCCCCUUCUGCAGUCAUGUUCCGCUCUGCUGUGAUAAAUGCUGGUUAUCGCAUCUCAGGCAGCCACGUGAAUCCACUGGGUCUGAAAUCUGAUGCUCCCAUGGAUGUCAUUUGGGACAUAAUGCGCUGCUGGGUUAAUAGUCAUCCGAUUAGAGCGCAGCCACCGGAUCAUUCGGGUACUGUGAUCCUCUCCAAAGAGCCGACACUGCAAGCAAAUUUUGCCCGAGCAGCUGCUUCCCUGAGCAAAGCCCAAGUCAAGAAGGUGAAGCGGUUCCUUCCGAAUCCCGAGAGGCAUUGGGGCCCGAAGGUCCGGGCCGGCCGCCAGAUCACCAGCAAGCACUCCUCUCUCUUAGGUCCGCAAUCUCUCAAUGAGUCUCAUAACCGUGAGGAAGAUGAAGGAAUCGAAGGAAACGGAGCAGCAUCAUCAGAGCAAUCAGCGGAAGGAGAAGCUAAUGAGCACAAUAUCUCGAAGCGCCAAAAGACUGAUGAUGCAUUAGCAAGCGAGCCAUGAUUAGUUUGAUCAACAACUGGAAAGUCUAUAUCAUCAAGUUGUGCUUAGACUAUGUUCUACUUUGUUGAUUGCGCCGAGUGUCCAAAUCUGUAUUUAAAGCUAUUUAGGUUGUUGUUGUACCCAGUUUCGACGGAGCGAUGCACCAGUGGGCCUCAGAAAGUUUUAUGGUCUGUGGCGGCUGAUAGGCUGGCGAAAUGGUUUCUGGUUAGGCGAAGUUUUCUGGGAGCAACAUCUUCUUCAGUGAUUUUCAACACCUUCAGUGAUUUUCUUUGAGGAGGAAAGAUGUAUAUUCUUUUCUGAGUCUGUAGACUGACAAAGAAUAUUGGUUGGUGCUUUUUAGCUGGGCUUUUAGUUUGUUCUCAGUUGCUUUAGUUUCUUCUUAAAUUAUGAAAGUUUUGUAGUUUCGAUCUUGAAUAGUGUUAGUGGGAAAAAAAAAAAAAGAUAAAUAAAAGAGGGGUUCUAUUUCUUUUCCUUUUA